AUGACGUACCAUUAUAAAAAUAAGCAUCUUAGACGGAAGAUUGGGUGUUCUGAAAGGCACUUAAAGCACGUCCAUGGUAAUUUUAAGGUGUGUGUGUUGAAGUACGGAGACAAGACAGUCAGCAGACCUCUAAUCGAAAUGGCCUCGGGCAUAGGAGGCAAUAUCAUCAGUACCUUUCUAACAAAUAUAUUACAGAAUAAAGGUAAGAGCGGCGAAUGCAUUGAAGAGAUUUAUAAUAUUACCAUGGGUAAGUCGUGGGAGAAGAACGGUGCAACAAUAAGCAUAGCUACUUGUGCUACGAAAAACGAAAAAUACAGCAUCGAAGCAGCAAGCGAACAGAUAAAACAGGCAGCGGCAUGGAUGGAUAGAACAAUAGAUAAACAUCCUUAUGGAAGAACUUAUGAAAUGAAUUUCUCGAAUAACGGAAUGUGGAACUUAUGCUUGAAGCUAAUGAGGAAUGAUAUGUUCGAUGAAGGGUCUGAUACGCGCACGUUGGUUCAAGAUUUGGAGUCUCCUAAAGGGCACUACGAUGAUGAGAUAUCACCACACGAUGAAUUGUAA